UAAUUUAUUUCGCUUCUAUUAUACACCUCAUUAUUUUUCAUUAACUUCUAUAACCGGCGGAUAGUAAACAAAUAUUUUAUUAAAAAAAAUUACCAAAUGGCCAAACAUCACCCAGACUUAAUAUUUUGUCGUAAGCAGCCAGGAGUCGCCAUUGGACGUUUGUGUGAAAAAUGUGAUGGCAAAUGUGUUAUUUGCGAUUCCUAUGUACGACCAUGCACUUUAGUGCGGAUUUGUGAUGAAUGCAAUUAUGGAUCAUACCAAGGACGCUGUGUUAUCUGCGGUGGGCCUGGUGUUUCAGAUGCAUACUAUUGUAAGGAAUGCACAAUACAGGAAAAAGAUCGCGAUGGUUGUCCGAAAAUUGUAAAUCUUGGAAGCUCAAAAACAGAUCUAUUUUACGAAAGGAAAAAAUACGGCUUCAAACAAAACUAUUAAAACUUGGUUAGUCAGUAUUUUAUACCAAUAGACUUGGCGUGUGUAGGUACGUAUAUGGAAAAGCAAUGCUGCAGUUUGUUACAGGCGGUCUACAAUCUAUGAUUAUACAUACCAACGAAAUUUUUUACACGAUUGAAUUUGUUCUAAAUACUUUUAUUCAUAAAUGUAUAUAAUGGAAAUAGA